CGCCGCCGGAGGUCCACCUCCGCCGCCGAUGCCGCCGCCGACCACCACGGGCACACUCCCGAACAGGGCUCUCCACGCCCGCCUCCUCCGCUCCGGCGCCCUCGACGCCGACCCCUCAGCCGCCGCCCCGCUCGCCGCGUCGGCCGCCAACUCCUCCCUCCCCUACGCGCUCUCCCUCCUCCAAGCCCACCCCUCCACCUUCUCCUACAACACCACCAUCCGCUCCCUCGCGCACGGCCCCCGCCCGCACCUCGCCGUCGCUCUCUACCGCUCCAUGCUCCUCGGCCCCCUCUCCAACCCCAACAACUACACCUACCCGCCGCUCCUCGCCGCCUGCGCCCGCCUCCUCCCCGCGAGCUCGCCAGCCGCAGCAGCCGCGCCGGGCACCGCCGUCCACGCCUCCCUCUUCCGCCGCGGUCUCGACUCCCGCGACCGCUUCAUCGGCGCGUCACUCCUCUCCUUCUACGCUGCCGCCGGGGACCUGCGGGCCGCACGCCAGGUGUUCGACGCAAGUCCCCCCGGCCAAAGGGACCUGCCUCUCUGGAACUCGCUCCUCCACGCCCACCUCUCCCAGGGCUUCUACGCCCACGUGCUGCGCCUCUCCCGCCAGAUGCCCGCCGCCGACGAGGUCACGCUGCUCGCCGUCGUCUCCGCCUGCGCGCAUCUCGGCGCGCUCGACACCGGCCGCUGGGCGCAUGCUUCCUAUGCAAGGACCCGCCGGAGUACCACGAGGAAUCUGGGCACCGCUCUGCUCAACAUGUACAUGAGGUGCGGGGAUGUCGAGAGCGCGUGGUCCGUGUUCCGCGAGACGCUCGACAAGGAUGUCCGGACGUGGAGUGUCAUGAUCGCCGGGCUGGCCAUCAACGGGCUCCCCAGGGACGCGCUGGCCUUGUUCGCUGAGAUGAAGAACUCAGGGGUGGACCCAGAUUCCAUCACCAUGACAGCCGUGCUGAGCGCGUGCGCCCAUGCUGGCAUGGUGGAUGAGGGUAAGAGGUUCCUGGACUGUAUGCCCGUCGAAUAUCGUGUGCAACCCACCAUAGAGCAUUACGGCUGCGUCGUCGAUCUUCUUGGUCGAGCAGGCCAGCUGGAGGAGGCAUUGGCCCUCAUCAAGACUGUCCCGUUCAAGGCAGAUGUUGUGCUAUGGGGUGCUCUCUUGGUCGCCUGUAGGGUUCACAAGAAUGUCGACAUGGGGGAGAUGGCUGCCAUGGAGAUACUCAAGUUGGAUCCUCAUCAUGCUGGGGCGUGCGUCUUCUUAUCUAAUGUCUAUGCUGAUGCUGGGAAAUGGGACCUUGUACAAGGGGUAAGGAGCUCGAUGAAAGAACACAAGAUAUACAAACCUCCAGGAUCCAGCAUUGUUGAGCUGAAUGGUGUGGUUUACGAGUUCUUGUCCGGGGACCGUUCGCAUCCUCAGUCUGAUCGAAUAUAUGCAAUGCUUGAUGAGAUUUGCAAGACCUUAAGCCUCAAGGGGCACAAGCCUUCAACUAAAGAAGUUACCUUUGACGUUGAUGAGGAGGACAAAGAAGUUUGCAUCUCGCAGCACAGCGAGAAACUCGCACUUGCCUUGGGACUCAUGAGCACGACAAGAGGGGAUGUCAUCCGCAUAGUGAAGAACCUGAGAAUCUGCGAGGAUUGUCACUCUGUCAUGAAGAUUGUCUCAGAGGUCUACGAUCGGGUCAUAGUUGUCAGAGAUCGAAACCGAUUCCACCACUUCAAGAAUGGCUCCUGUUCAUGCUUGGAUUAUUGGUAGGAUAAAAUCGGAAUGGACAGUAAAUUGAGAGGCCGACCCGGCACAAGAUGUGAUCACUAAACAUGAAGAGAGAAAGAGAAGCAGUCGAGCAUUGAGCGGGAUGUGUUGGAAAACAUGCAGGUGAACUCAACAAGUAGAGCUGGAGGUGAGGGACUUCGUUUUAUGGGAGUGAUACACACAUUGUACUAUCCCGUUUUAUUACGAAACAUGUAGUGGAACAAAAUGAGCAUCAGAUAACCUCGAAAUAGGAGCUGUAGAAAUCCCCUCCGAAUCCAGCGCACCAUGACAUCCCAAACUCUGCUUCAUUGUGUCCAUCUGCAGUUAAGGAACAAGCAUUAACAUUUCUUCAGCGA